UAUGCACGUCACGAUCGCGAGAGCAUUUGCGAGCUGCCAGCCGCAACGCGAUAAGCUCUCAGUGUUGCGCCUAUCGUUUUGAUAAAACCCCUAUCAAACGAGGGGAUUAUUAUGAAGUCCGUGUAAUUUGCGCGCGAUGGGUGUUCUUCGCUGUUGCGGCGCGUUGUGUGUCGGGGGGGAUUCUCUCGCUCAUAUCGAGUCCAGUGUGUUACGCGGUGUGUGUGUUGCGUAAUUACGAAAACCCGUUAUAAUAUUGCAUAAUAAUCACGUGUGUGCUUACGCUUGAGUAUACGAGAUGAGUUAUUCGUACGGUUGCGUCGCUUUGUCGUCACGGUAAAGCUAAAAUAACAAUCGAUAUCUCGAUAGCUCUGUGACCGCGCGCGCGGUCGAUCCGAAGUUUCGGCGCGAAAACGGGAGAGCGACAAUGGGAGAGCGUUUUCACGCGCGAUUUCUAUCACCAAUAUAGUGCGCGCAUAAAGUGCGAUUUUUUACAGCGACGAGACGCGCAGCAGCGAGGUUUCUUUAUUCCCGUGAUAUCAUAGUUACGCGCGACGGAACAAAAGAGAGACAGAGCGGCGGGCGGGGAACGCACGCACACACACACAUACAUACACGUACGCACGCACGCACGGUGAAGAUUUUGUAUACUCUGAUAUUAUUUUCGAGUCACAUUCACCCUCGCCGAUAGAGAAAAGAUCGAUUGCGAGAUCCGCUGGUGCUUUAUAUAUCGAUUACGAAACCGCACGUCCCAGAAAAUGAGCCGUCGCGAGUGACAUGUCAAGGCGAACUCGCGGUCAGUGCGCGGAGGACUGCAGGUGCAUAUUGUGUCGCGAGUUGAAGGGUUGCAAGAUGAGCGUUACCGGCGGCGUCGAGGUUCAACAGCGCGUCGGGAGCGAUAGCACGAACUUCAUCCUGCGACGGGCCGUGCCCUUUUUGUCGAAACUGCCGCCACCGCCGCCGCACGAGGAGUGGCAGGAGAUCAUCGCGCGCGAUAGUCAUUACGAUUACGAGAGGAGUCCGACCUUGGAGGACAGAAGUAGUCGCCGCGGUAACAAUAACGUCGCGAACGACGCAAACUCCCGCAAACUGCCGUCUUCGACGAGCAACGACGUCGGGAAAACGAAGGACGUCGGUCACAAGACGGUCAUCUAUUUCGGCGACUCAACGUCGAGACAGAAGGAAAACAAAUCAUCAUCAGGAAGGCAACGUCUGCCGUCGCCGGAGGUUGGCGCGUCAUCGGGAUACAACGAGGAUCCUGAGACGUUCGCGCGAUUGCAGAAAGACGACGGGGCGACGGAGAUCUUUAAAAGUUCGGCAGAGCGACACGAAAACUCCGGGAACAACUCCGAGGAGGAUAACUCCGGGCAACAAGACGUCGCGCCGGAGAACGGCGGCGAAUCCAAGGUCGUGCACGAGAUCGUGGUAAACGUCAGUCCCAGCAGGGAGGACGUGCUGAGGAUCGAGGAGGAUGAGAGCCAGCUGGAGGACUAUUGGUCCUUGCCGGGGGACAGGAGCGGGUUCAAGGCGGAUUGGAGCUUCGUGCAACAGUGGCGGCUGAGGGGGCCAAGCGGUGGCAAUAACCGCGAGAUAUAUUGCCCUCCUUAUACAAAGGAUUUCACUGAGAAUUCUCCUAAAAGCGGUGUUCACGAUAUAGUCCAUAUGAUACCAGAAAGAGAUACGGAUAGCGUGGCACCGACACCGACUCCGCAGCACCCACGUCACUCUCAACACCAUCAUCUCAGUUUACACGAACUUCGUGUACUUCAGAGGAGACCAGAAUGCACUGGAAACAGCUCCUCCGAUGAGAAUCGCUCGUCCGGACACGCGAGCAUGUCGGACACCGGGGGUCACACGAGCAGCAGUUCGCCGCCGCAUCGUCAUCACAGAGCUCACAGUCCUCAGCAAUUGAACGCCGUACCUGAGGACGACCGACUCUCGGCGUCGGUCACCCAAAGAAACGGCAGAAGUCGAUCCGGUCAGAAUCGCAACCGACACAGGGCUACUCCUGCCAAGCUACAGGUACCAUGGUCGGGUUCCGGUCUGGAGGACAUAAAGUUGGCGAUCCAGCAGUUGACAAUGCGCUCGCACAAGUCCUCGUCCACGUAUUCCUCACUGAGCGGCUCGGAGAGCUCGGAGCCAGCGGUUAGAAGACUGAUGCGACAUUCCAGCCUGGAGACGAUCAACACCAACGUGACCAGUGCCGACGAGUUUGUCUGGGUGGAUUCUCACAAUCGGCUGGUGGAGCUGCAGCAACUGCCGUGGACUCAUCACGAUGUGCUGCGCGUGCUUCAGAACGGUCGUACAAGAGAACACAUGGAUCAGGUCUCGAUGGAAACGAUUCCGCGGCUUUCUUAUUUGCUGCAACGCGCGCUAGUUCGAAUUGGACGCGAGACUCAAAGACUGACGAAACCCGUAGGUCUUUGCAGUAAGCACGAGGUGUACAGCGCUUUCAAGAUCGUGCUCUGUCCGGCAUUGGCGGAUUCUUGCACCAAGGCUUGUCUUCGAGCUGCCGCAAUGUUCGCGGUAUCUGGCGAUCAGCUGAAACAAUCGAAAGCAUCCCGUUCGGGGCUGCAAUUGCCGGUCGGACGUUUCUUACGGUGGAUGUCCGAUGUGAGACUCGGGCGUAUGAUACACGAGUACGCCGCGAUAUAUCUGACGGCCGGAAUCGAGAAUCUUCUGGAAGAGAUACUGCUGCAGUGCGUGCCGACCGAGCCGCAUACGAUUCUCACGGCGACGAUGUUGGAACACGCUAUAGCCAACAGCGGUGACUUAUGGGGCCUGCUGCAACCGUAUGCGCAUCUUAAUGCCGGUCGGACAGCGUCAGGCGCCCUCGCGAUGCCUCGUUGGGCGAGUGUAAGUUCCUUGAACUCGUCAUCGUCGUCACGUAGCGGACGGGAUGCAGCUCAGUCAGCUCUGGAACCGUCGUUGCUUACAACGUGUGUGGGAUCGAUGUCAGAACUAAUAGAUUUGAUCUCCAAGGUAGCACAGGCGGGACGUUGCCCGGUGCCAUUGACAACGAGAGCGCUGCAUGCUCUGUUUUAUUACAUGAGGUGUUCACAGUUGGAACACGGUGAACGCGGAUCCGGAAUACAGGAAUUGGCAUAUGAGAGAGCUUAUGUUGUACUGCCGCCGUUAGUUGAAUGGCUACGGGUGGCCGCAGCACACGCAGAACACAGACACGGCCUCGUCAUGGAUCAAGAUGAUAUUAAUCAAGCUGCUCGAUUACUCUUACCUGGUGUAGAUUGUCCUGUCCGUCCGAUUAGUUCCGAGGAAGUUACAAUAUGUUCGAAGCGCAUCGACGACACCGAAUACGUUCGGUUGUUGACGCUGGACAUGGCUUUCAAGAUGUUGACCAGUGGACGAGCGGAUCUCAUAGCUCAGGCAAUGCCACUGUUGCCCUCGACAAAAAUUAACACGGUAAACGACGCUGGUUUCACGGCUUUGAUGUUGGCGUGCAUCAACGGCGACGAGGUGGCCGUGACAGCGCUGCUCGACGCAGGAGCGGACUUGAACAUCGAGAGUCCACAGCCCACAACAAAUUCGUCGUCGAACACACCUUCCAAGAUCCCGCAAACGUCCGGUGUAUCGAACGGCAGAAGUCCGGUCAGUCAAUCGGCAAUGGUUACACCGAAUAAAACGAUAUCGAGCGCGAACGUAGCAAACGCAACAACCGGUGGUUCCAACAAUAUCGCUGGAGCCGCACUCCCUGCGAGCGCGUAUUGCGCGCAACCUGCUUUCAACGCGGAGACGCAACACUGGACCGCUUUGACUUACACGGCAUUGUUGGGUCAUUGCAACAUCGCUAGAAUAUUGCUGGAAAGAGGUGCCGCGGUGGAAGGUGGCGCAAAACUAAGCGAAGAUAAGUGCACGGUAACGCCGUUACAAGCAGCCACAGCGUCGGGCAACAACGAGAUGGUGGCGCUGCUUUUAGCGCACGGAGCACAGCCGUUUCUCUCCACUCUGAUCAAAGAUUCAUUUUCUUAUUCGGGUUCCGCGCAGCGUGGUUGUUACAGCGCUAUCUCUGUGGCUACGGCGCACGGUCAGAGAAGCUGUCUUCAUCAGCUGCUGUCGCACCCGCUCAAUUUUUCGGCUAAACGAGGAGAAAAAGAAAUAUUAUCUCUAGAAGAGAUAUUAGCGGAAGGCAACGCAGGUACCAAUUCUCAGCAGCAAACUGCCGAAGGAAGAGCUCGCAGAGAAGGCAAGGAGCCAGUAUUUAAUAAGAUACAGACGAAGGCGCUGCAGGAAGCCAUGUAUCACAGUGCGGAAAGCAAUCAUUUAGAUAUUACCAUGGAACUUCGUGGACUCAAAGUAGGUUGGACGUUGCAUUGUUGGAUGCACAGUUUAGCGACGGCGCACGAAAUGCGAUUGGAUUCUAUUAUAGACCAAUUGCUUCAAGAUUUUCUGCAAGUCUGCUCAGACGAUUACUCCGCGCAAUUUGUGCAGGAAUGUCUGCCACUUUUAUUUAAUAUUUUUAGAUAUAGUAAGAAGGAAGCCACAACGCUUUUGCUCGCUGAUAUUUUCGUGACGUGUUUCGGCUGGGAACCGAUCAAGCCGAUCAGAGACACCACACUUUCGAGCGGAUCGCGAAUCGAUCCGAAAUUUGUGAAUAAUCCUGAAUUGAGCGAUGUACAAUUUCGUGUCGAAGGUCGUGUUUUUUACGGUCAUAAGAUAGUGUUGGUUACGUCUUCCCCGAGAUUUAGGAACAUGUUGAGCUCGAAACUAUGCGAAGGCAAUCCUCCUAUUGUGCAGAUUAACGACAUAAGAUAUCACAUAUUCCAGAUGGUAAUGGAAUUUCUUUAUCACGGCGGUUGCGCUACUUUAGAAGUUAAUCAAAGUGACGUCCUGGAAUUAAUGGCGGCAGCCAAUUUUUUUCAACUCGAUGGUCUGCUCAGAUACUGCGAAGCGCAGUGUUCCACAAUGGUUGAUCUUGAUAAUAUCGUUUCCAUGUAUAUUCACGCAAAGGUAUAUAACGCGGCUCAGCUCUUGGAAUACUGUCAAGGAUUCCUGUUGCAAAAUAUGGUGGCUCUUCUGACAUACGACGAUUCGGUCAAACGUUUGUUGUUCGCGAAGAAAUUACCGAAUCACGAUGUUCUUGCGGGUCUGUUGCUCACGCUACAGUCGCGGAUAAAAGCCAGGCGAUCUCAACAACAAAGCAAAAUAAAAGUCUAAGUAUACAGUUUUUUUUUUUUUUAUAAUUGGCAACAAACUUAAAUUAUCUUUAAAUUGCAAAAAAUAAUAAAAAAAGUUUAUGCGUUUUUUUCUUGUUAUAAAAAUAUUGGGGAAUUAAGUAAGUAUACAUUACUUAUAAUAAUUACUCUAAUAAAAUAUUAGAGUAAGUAUAAAGCAUUCACAUUUUGCAUUUAUAAUAGUUUUAAACGCGACGUAAUUUGGAAUUGUCAAUUAUGCGCGUAUACACAUGACGUGUGUGUAUUAAGUUUCGUACUAUUAUUAUAUGUAUAAACAUAUGUAUGCGAAUGUAUACAACAUAUCAUACAUAUUUAUAAAGAUAACAAUAGGUUUUUUUACAAAAUCUUUGAUAAAGUAUUUCUGUAAAUACUUAUA